CGUGGCCCACAGAGGUAUUUUUCGAGAACUUAGCUCCGAAACAUGGGGUGCUAGGUUACCUCGUGGCUGAUCGGAUUGAUCUGGCGUAACCUAUAUAAAGUCAAUUGUCCCCCCAGCUGCAGUGCAGCCCCUUUUUUCAAUUUCCAACACGGGUUCUGUGCUCAUCCCAGUCUUACAGAAUGACUGCCUCAGAAGGAGAAAUCGAGAAAAAGGUGUCGCCGGCUGUCCAGCCGGCAGAGACUUCUGAUGCUGCGCCUCCGGCCUAUGGGGAUUCCGCGCCUGUUGAGGAUAUUGAGGCCGGAAAGUUGAAGCGAAAUUUGAAGGGCCGUCAUAUGCAGAUGAUUGCUAUUGGUGGUGCCAUUGGUGCUGGUUUGUUCGUCAGUACGGGAUCGGCUCUGCGAACGGGAGGUCCUGGUGCUCUGCUUCUUGGUUACCUGAUUGUCGGAUUCAUGUUGUUGUUGACAAUUCAAGCGCUGGGAGAAUUGGCUGUCCUCUACCCACAAAACGGAGCCUUCUUCACCUACUGUGUUCGAUUCAUUAGUCCUUCUUGGGGUUUUGCUGUCGGCUGGGACUAUGCGCUUAAUUGGCUUGUCAUUCUACCCUUCGAAAUUACCGCGGCUAGUAUAACUAUUCAAUAUUGGCGAGACGACUUGAACAUUGGUAUUUGGAUUGCGGUGUUCUUGGUCAUCCUGUCAGUGAUCCAGAUCUUUGGUGUUCGGGGCUAUGGAGAAGUUGAAUUCGUCCUCGGUGUCAUCAAAGUCACCGCCGUCAUCGGUUUCAUUAUCCUUGGUAUCGUGAUCGACUGUGGUGGUGCGCCAAAGGGAGGAUACAUUGGAGCACACUACUGGCAUGACCCGGGCGCUUUCACUAGCUUCUACGGCUUCUGCUCCGUCUUCACAACCGCCGCUUUUGCCUUCAGCGGUACCGAGAUGACUGGUCUUGCUGCUGCCGAGGCCGCUAACCCUGCCAAGUCCGUUCCCAAGGCCUGCAAGCAAGUCUUCUGGCGUAUCAUGAUUUUCUACGUUGUCGGAACCUUCAUCGUCGGUCUGAUCGUCCCCCACAAUGCCGCCUACCUCCUCGGUGCCUCCGGUUCCAACACCAAGGCUUCUCCCUUCGUCGUCUCCAUCCAGAACGCCGGUAUAUCUGGUCUCCCCUCGGUUAUGAACGCCGUCAUCACUAUCUCGGUUAUCAGUGUCGCCAACUCCGCCACAUACGGAUCCAGUCGUACCAUCCAGGCCCUUGCUGGCCGUGGCAUGGCACCCAAGUGGAUGGCAUACAUUGACAAGGCGGGUCGUCCUCUCUGGUGUAUCGUCUUGCAGAUUGCAUUCGGUUUCCUCGCUUUCAUCAACGAGGCUUCCAGCACUGGUGACAUAAUCUUCGACUGGCUCUUAGCUUUGUCCGGUAUCUCCAACUUCUUUGUCUGGGGCAGUAUCUGCUUAGCACACAUCCAGUUCCGCAAGGCCUGGCGCCACAACGGUCGCGAGGUGAGCGACCUUGCUUACGCCGCCCCCUUCGGUGUCAUCGGUAGCUACAUCGGACUUGGUCUUAACGUCCUUUGCCUGGUUGCUGAGUUCUAUGUGUCGGUGUACCCCAAGGAUGCCGAGGACUUCUUCAUGAACUACCUCGCUGCUCCAAUUGCCAUCGGGCUGUUCAUUGUCUGGCAGGUUUACACCUACUUCAAUAAGGAUCCUUCGCUUGACCGUGGAGGCUGGUUCACCAAGGUCGAGAACAUGGAUAUCUACAGUGGUAUGCGUGAUGGCAUCUUGGAUGUCGAUCUGCCACCCAAGAUUGAGUACCCUACCUGGGGCGCUUGGUUCAAGGCGGCUCCUAUGAGAGUCUUCCGCUCUUUGAUCUAG